UUUUCCCAGAUGCCGGGAGGUUCCGGCCAGACCAUCAGGAAAGGCCACAGAGGGGUGGAUUCCACGGGGGAAACCACCUACAAAAAGACGACGUCGUCGGCGCUGAAGGGCGCGAUCCAGCUGGGGAUCACCCACACCGUGGGCAGCCUCAGCACCAAACCCGAGCGGGACGUGCUCAUGCAGGACUUCUACGUGGUGGAGAGCAUCUUCUUCCCCAGGUCUGGCGAUCUUUUGCUCUGAAGCCUCAAUUUGAGUGAAGGAACAACAAACUCCUUCCUCCCUCCGGCCUUUCCCGUCUCUUCCCCGUGUUCCCCUUUGAACCAGGGAGAAACCCCCAAAUCCUGGAUGGUUUUUGAUGUGUUUUUUCCCCUGUCCUUGGCCUUCCAGAACCUGAACCAGAACCCCAGGACCCUCCUUCCCAAGUUCUACGGGCUCUACUGCGUCCAGGCGGGCGGGAAGAACAUCCGCAUCGUGGUGAUGAACAACCUCCUGCCCCGCUCGGUGAAGAUGCACCUCAAGUACGACCUCAAGGGCUCCACCUACAAGCGCAGGGCCUCCCAGAAGGAGAGGGAGAAGGUCUUCCCCACCUACAAGGACCUGGAUUUCAUGCAGGACGUGCCCGACGGGCUCUUCCUGGACUCGGACAUGUACAACGCCCUGUGCAAGACGCUGCAGAGGGACUGCCUGUGGGAUGCCAAGCCCUGGAAUUGUGCUGGUGGUGGGACAGGAACAGGGGGUUCUCCACAUUCCAGAGGUGUCUCCAAUGGGAUCCCAAGCUCUGGAAGUUGUGGGACAGGAAUAAGGGACUCUCCAGGUUCCUGGAGUGUCUCCAGUGGGAUCCCAAGCCCUGGGAGUGGUGGGACAGGAACAGGGGGUUCUCCAGGUUCCUGGGGUGUCUCCAGUGGGAUCCUAAUCCCUGGAAUUCUGCUGGAACAUCUUUUAGGAUCCCACCUCGGCCGCCCGGAUCUCCUGCCCCGGACUCUGCCCGUGGACGAAGCCAACAGCGACUCGGUGGCCACCACCCUGUCCACGUCCUCCCUGGGCAGUGGGGGCCUCAAUUCCCCUGCCAACAGCGGCUCCCCCGGCCCCUCCAUCCCCGAGCGCUCCCUGGAGCUGAGGGAGCAGCUCCAGGACCUGCAGGAGACAGAGAUCAGCUUUUGAAUCUGCACCGACAGCGCCGCGAUGGACCCGGGUUUGUCCCCACAAACCCUCCUUUAUCCUCUUGGUUUUUUAAAACUCUCCGGACAAAAUCCUGGAAGCUGGAAGGCCCUGGAUACACCUGGGAUGGUGUUCAAGCCCCAGGGGCACCUGGAAGUCUCCUCAAUCCCACCCUGUGGAUUCUCCUGCCUCGGAAUCCCACUGGGAAGAGGAGGAGGAGGAGGAUGGAGCUGCUCCAUGAAACCCUUGGGAAAAGGAUCUGACUUUUCAGGGAGAAAAAAACCCUCCCUGGGGAAUUCCCAGUGGGAAAAAAGGGCAUUGGAGCCUCCUCAGUGCCAGAAGAAAACGUGAUUUCUUUUAUAUCUUCCACCAGGUGGUUUUUUUUUUAAUUUAAUUGCUCCUCCCAAAUUCAAUCCUGGCCCUUUUUUUAGUGCUGCAAGUCCGGGAAUUCUUAGGAUAUUUUAUUAAUAAAAUAGGGUUUGGUUUAGGUUUUUGUUUUUUCUUUUUUCCAGUGUUUGCACCAGGAAAUAUCCCACGGGAGAGAAGGGGGAGGAGCAGAACCCAAGGAAAAGCUCCUGUCUCCCCCUCCUCCCUUCUCCACCUCCCAGGAUUUUUGGGAUCAGGGAGGAUUUGGGAAUCUCUCCCAGCCCCAGUUUUUAAGCUCCUCCCUUCCUGGGAUUUGCAGGGUGAAGGGGCACUUUUUUUAAAAAGUUUUUUCCUAAAAAAAAACCCACCAAAACCAAACCACCAAACCAGGACCAAACCCACCAGCUCCAAUCCCAUCCCUGUUUUUAUAACUCCUUUUGAUAUCCCACCUGGAUCCCGAGCGAAGCCAAAACUCCCGAGGCCGAAACGGGACAGAAAUCCCAAAAAUUUCCAGGUGUUUUUUUGGAAGCUUGAU